CUUGCUUCUGCACAAAGGUCUCAAGUUUGUUUCUCACCCACGGAUCUGAAGGACGCCGUCCACUUGCUGCUCUAAAUGAAAAUGUAUGACUCGACUCGUGCAAGAAAGAAAAAAAAUAAAAAGCCACAGUGAAAAUCCAUGGCCUCAGAGUAGGUCAGGCACUGGAAAAGCUCAGCCUCCUGGGCGCAUAACAAAUGCAGACUUCAUCGUCGAGAACUUCAGUGAAGCUGUAAACAGGCUCCGGGAGCCAGGUGCUAGCCUGACCCUCUGAGAAGCAAAACUCCAAGACAGAGUUAAAGACAUUGUGUACCUUGGUGUGAAAUCAAAGACACCCAUUAAGGACAGCAAGCUUUAACCACAGGUUCCAUUAUGGGUCGACUUGAUGGGAAGGUCAUCGUCCUGACAGCUGCUGCUCAGGGGAUUGGCCGGGCAGCUGCCUUAGCUUUUGCAAGAGAAGGUGCCAAAGUCAUUGCCACCGAUAUCAAUGAGUCCAAACUUCAGGAACUGGAAAAGUACCCCGGUAUUCAAACUCGGACCCUUGAUGUCACAAAGAAGAAACAAAUUGAUCAGUUUGCCAAUGAAAUUGAGAGACUUGAUGUUCUCUUUAAUGUUGCUGGUUUUGUCCAUCAUGGAACUAUCCUGGACUGCGAGGAGAAAGACUGGGAUUUCUCAAUGAAUCUCAAUAUCCGCAGCAUGUACUUGAUGAUCAAGGCGUUUCUUCCUAAGAUGCUUGCACAGAAAUCUGGCAACAUAAUCAACAUGUCAUCUGUGGCUUCUAGCAUCAAAGGAGUUGAGAACAGAUGUGUGUACAGUACAACCAAGGCAGCUGUGAUUGGCCUCACAAAGUCCUUGGCCACAGACUUCAUCCAGCAGGGGAUCAGGUGCAACUGCGUGUGUCCAGCAACGAUUGAUACCCCAUCCCUGCGAGAAAGAAUACAAGCCAGACCAAAUCCCGAAGAGGCACUGAACUACUUCCUGAAGCGACAGAAAACUGGAAGAUUUGCAACCGCAGAAGAAAUAGCCCUGCUCUGUGUGUAUUUGGCUUCCGAUGAAUCUGCCUACAUAACAGGUAAUCCUGUCAUCAUUGAUGGAGGCUGGACCCUGUGAUUUUAGAAUCUGUUUAAGGGAAGAACAGGCCCUUCCUGCCCACAGUGAGACUGGUUAUGAAGAAAAUUCAGCCAUCAUGUCUUUCCCAUUCAUGGCUUAUUUAUGACAGUUAGCCCUUUUUAAUGAUGCCAUUGUUCACAAAAGUCAGAUUCUUUAAAUAUAUUAAUCUCUUUCUAACCUCUUCUGAAAUCAUUAUAGGGAGAUGACAUAAAAGAUAAUGAACUCACUGCAAAUGAAAAGUUUUAAAAUAAACCACAGUUUGCAAGCAUAUAAAAUUAAAGUGUGAAUAUGAAAAAUUGCAAGUUUUUAAGAAAAAGGUAUUAAUUUGUAUUUUACUUCUUCCUAAUAUUCAACCAUUUUGUAUGAUUCUGCAUUGGUCUUUACAUAGAUUCUAAUUUUAAAAUUUUACACCAUUAUAAAUGAACACAAGGUAGGAAGGAAUUUAGCUUCAGUAACUUAUAUUAAAAGGAAUUUAGAUUCGGAACUAUACUGUUGAUCUGUUAUAUAAAAGAAAAAUAAUCAGCAAGUGUUGAUACUUAACCAAUGUUAUUACUCAUGAUAAGUACUAUUUUCUUAGUUGAACUAAAAAAAUCUUUCUUAAAAUAAGCAAUGACAUUUGGCAUGUGCCUAAAACCUUACAAUGAACUAGCAGUAUUGUUAGUUUAAGUGAUAUUUUUUAGAUUAAGUGUAGAUUUUUUUCACCAAAUUCCAGGCUAACAGUAAGAGGACAUGAAAUUUAGAAGCAAUCUCUGGAUCAAUAAAUAUAAGUGAAUCAUAUAACAGGAAACAAAAUUAAAGAAAAUAAAAUUUGCAAGGGAUGGUUGAAAUAGAUAAAGAGAAUUAAGGAAUACAAACUUCCAGUUAUAAAAUAAAUAGGUCACAGAGAUAGAAAGUACAGCAUAGGGAAUACAGUUAAUAAUAUUGUAAUUACAUUGUACGGUGACUACACUUACCAUGGUGAGAACUGAAUAAUGUAUAGAAUUACUGAAUCAAUAUGCUGUACACCUGGAUUUAAUAUAGCAUUGUAUGUUAAUUGUAAUUCAAUAAAAAAUGGUUUAAAAUUUUUUUUCAAGAAGAAGCUUAAGCAGAUUCAUGGAUGAUAAUUCUGUAAGAGAAUAAGAAGUUUUUUCUUGUUCCUUUAAUUUUAAGGUUCUAUGUUUUUUAUUUGUUGUUACUUCAAAAGACCAAAUGGAAUGAUGCACAUAUACUCAGUAAAUGAGCAUGUAGUCUUUCCUCUUAGAACCUUAAUAAUUAAUAUUAAUCCAUAUUAACAAGGAAAAUUUUGAAAUGGACAAUGAAAGGAUAACAUUUUAUGUGUGAGGAAGAAUAUUAUGCGGUUGAUGAAAAAGUUAAAAUUGACAGCAAAAAAUAUUUUGACUAGCACUCCCAAAGAGUUCAUUGAUUAGAAGAUUUGCUUCGGACCAGUUCUGGACCAAGUAUUCCACAACUGCAUCACAGAUAGCUUGGUUUGUUAUCUAGACCAAGUCAUCCAAUUUACUUUGGAUUUUAGUUUUCUGGUUCGCGAAAUUAGGGAGUUGCACAAAAUGACUUGGGUUUCUUUUGGUGUAUCGUAACCAAAAUGCUGUACUUCUCCUCAAGUGAAGUGAUUGAUGGGACACUGAAGCUUAUAAUUAUGUAAUGAAGUACUUUAUACUGUGAGGGACAUACAUGUGAAUGUAUAGCUAUGACGAAUAAAUUCUAAAUAAGCACACGAUGAAUUCUGCAAAAUGAAUUCUAACAUUAGCAAACGCUUCCUCAGAGUUCUCUCACCUAAUCAUGAACAAUAAAACAUCAUAAACAAUAAAGGCAGAGGUAAAAUCUA